AUGGGCGCUUGUGUCUCCAAGGCCAACUUGACAGAAGACGCACCGAGUGGUGCCACGUCUCGCGAGAUCGACAAGCAGCUCCGCGAGGUUAGCACCGGCCUGUUCUUGAGAUGGCGGCUGGCACGGGCUGAGCGCAAGCUUACGCAGCAGGAGGAGAAGCGUCUCCAGGGCGAGGUCAAGCUACUGCUCCUCGGCUCGGGUGCGUCGGGCAAGUCGACCGUUUUGAAGCAGAUGCGAUAUAUCCACGCCAGGUCGUUCGCCCCCGAUGAGAUCGAGGACUAUCGCAAAAUCGUCUUCGCCAACAUUGUCGACGGGAUGCGCAGCAUCAUCGACACGAUGGACGAGGAGGCGAUGCAGGUCGCGCACGAGAACCGGCCGUUCAUCUCCUUGGUUGACAACGAGUACCCGAUCAACACGGGCGAGGCUUUUCCCCUGCAUUACCUGCAUGGCCUCAAGAGACUGUGGGACGAUCCCGGGGUGCAGUCUUGCUAUGCACUCGCGUACGAGUUUGCGCUGCAGGAGAACAUGCCCUAUUUCUACGCCGACCUCGAUCGCCUGUUUGAUCGCGAAUACAAGCCGACAAACGAGGACAUUCUGCGCGUGCGUUCCAAGACGACCGGUAUCUCCGAAACGCGCUUCGAGAUCAGCAACCUCACCUUCCGCCUCUUCGAUGUUGGCGGGCAACGCUCCGAGCGGCGUAAAUGGGCGAGCUGUUUCGAAAAUGUCACGUCGAUCAUCUUCCUGGCCGCCCUCAGCGACUAUAACUCAUGCCUCAUCGAGGACCGCGACAGCAAUGGCAUGCACGAAGCACUUGCGCUGUGGGAGAGCAUCGUCAACUCGCAAUGGUUCAUCAAGAGCUCGAUGAUUCUCUUCCUUAACAAGGCCGACCUACUGGUAGAGAAGAUCAAGGACCCCAAGCAGCAGGUCUCUACAUGGUUCCCGGACUUCCCCGGCAAGCCGGGGUCGUACAACGACGCGGUCGAGUACUUUAAGAAGAAGUUCCGCAGUCUCAACCACAACAUAAACAAGGAGAUAUAUGUGCAUGUGACGACGGCCACGGAUCAGCAACAGCUCAAGGUCGUCAUGGCGGCGGUGACGGAUACGAUUGUGCGUAACUCGCUUCGCGACAUGGCGAUUCUGUAG